AUGUUAGAUAUUAACGCGUUUCUUGCUGAAAAGGGUGGUGAACCUGAGAAAAUUAAGGAGUCCCAAAAAAAAAGAGGAGAUUCAGUUGAAUUAGUUGACGAAAUUAUCGAAGACUACAAAUCUUGGACUAAGAUUAGAUUUGAAUUGGAUACCUUGAACAAGCAGCAAAAUGCUAUUCAAAAGGAGAUUGGACAGAAAUUUAAACUCAAAGAGGAUGCUAGUGAGUUAUUGGCCAAAAAAGACGAACUCGCCAAGGAAAAGAAGGAAUUGACCGAAAAGGAACAAAAAGCUGACAAUGACUUAAGAUUCAAGGUUAAUCAAGUUGGUAACAUUGUUCACGAGUCAGUUGUUGUUUCUAAUGAUGAAGAUAACAACGAGAUUGUUAGAACCUGGAAACCGGAAGAAUACAAGACCGUGGAACAGGUUGCAGCAGCUACCAAUGCACCAGCUACAUUGUCACACCACGAAAUCUUAUUAAGAUUGGAUGGAUAUGACCCAGAAAGAGGUGUUAGAAUUGUUGGACACCGUGGGUACUUUUUGAGAAACUACGGUGUUUUCUUGAACCAGGCCCUUAUUAACUAUGGUUUGAGCUUUUUAGCCAAGAAUGGUUACACUCCAUUGCAAGCUCCAGUAAUGAUGAACAAAGAAGUCAUGGCUAAGACUGCCCAAUUAUCUCAAUUCGAUGAAGAAUUGUAUAAGGUAAUUGACGGUGAAGAUGAGAAGUAUUUAAUUGCCACCUCUGAACAGCCAAUUUCUGCCUACCAUGCCGGAGAAUGGUUCGAAUCACCAACCGAGCAAUUACCAGUAAGAUACGCCGGUUACUCAUCAUGUUUCAGAAGAGAAGCUGGUUCUCACGGUAAAGAUGCUUGGGGUAUCUUUAGAGUUCAUGCUUUCGAAAAGAUUGAACAAUUUUGUUUAACUGAACCGGAAAAGUCCUGGGAAGAAUUCGACAGAAUGAUUGGUUUAUCAGAAGAAUUCUACCAAUCAUUAGGUUUACCUUACAGAGUGGUUGGUAUCGUUUCAGGAGAAUUGAAUAAUGCUGCUGCCAAGAAGUAUGAUUUGGAAGCCUGGUUCCCAUUCCAAAAGGAAUACAAAGAAUUGGUCUCAUGUUCAAACUGUACUGAUUACCAAUCAAGAAACUUGGAAAUCAGAUGUGGUAUUAAGCAACAAAACCAACAAGAUAAGAAGUACGUUCAUUGUUUGAACUCUACCUUAUCAGCUACUCAAAGAGCUUUAUGUUGUAUCUUGGAAAAUUACCAAACUGAAGAUGGUUUGAAGAUUCCAGAAGUCUUAAGAAGAUACAUUCCAGGUGAGCCAGAAUUCAUUCCAUUUGUUAAGGAAUUGCCAAAGAAUUCAACUUCAAACAAGAAGAACAAGAAAUAA